AUGAUAGAUUUAGCUUUAAAAAUGAAAGCCUCUGCAAAACCUGCAGGAGUCCUGAGCUUUAGUGAGCUGUUUUUCGUGAAGGAGCCACAGGACGUGACCGCCGCCAGGAAGGAGGGUGUCGUCCUCGACUGCCAGGCACAUGGUGAAGCUCCCAUCACGAUCACGUGGCUCAAGAACGGGGUGAAGGUUUCCGAGAGCGAGCGUGUCUACACUUUAUCGAAUGGCUCCUUAUACAUCAGUGAGAUGGAGAGCAAACGAGGUGAAACGCUGGAUGAAGGAUUCUACCAGUGCUUGGCCCUCAACAAAUAUGGUGCUAUCCUGAGUCAGAAGGCCCAUCUGACAUUAGCGACCAUGUCUGCAUUUGAAGUUCAGCCUCUUCCCGCUGAGGUCGAGGACGGAAGCGUGGCCCGGUUUGCCUGCAAGAUUGAUUCCAACCCUCCCGCUAUCAUCACCUGGGAGGUGAAUCGGACGACUCUGCCAAUAGCCAUGGACAGGAUAACAGCGUUACCGUCGGGAGUGCUGCAGAUCUACGGCGUUCAGCAGAAGGACGCUGGGAAUUACCGCUGUGUCGCCACAACAGCAGCCAACAGGCGCAAAAGCGCUGAGGCCGCCCUCACGGUCAUCCCAGCCUCCGGUGCCACAGUUUUCCACAAGCCAUCCAUUAUAGCAGGGCCUCAGAACGUGACCGCUUCCCUUCACCAAACAGUGAUCUUCGAGUGCAUCGCGACAGGGAAUCCGAAGCCCAUCGUGUCGUGGAGCCGUUUGGACCACCGGUCCAUUGACGUCUUCAACACCCGGGUUCUUGGGAACGGCAACCUCAUGAUCUCCGACGUGAAGGUGCUGCACUCCGGAGUCUACAUCUGCCGCGCCACGAUCCCCGGCACACGCAACUUUACCACGGCAAUGGCGACUCUGGUGGUGCUCGCCCCGCCUGCGUUUGUGGAGUGGCCCGAAAGCCUGACGAGGCCCCGAGCCGGCACGGCCCGCUUUGCCUGCCAGGCCGAAGGCAUCCCACCUCCCAAGAUGUCCUGGCUGAAGAACGGGAGGAAGAUCCAUUCCAACGGCAGAAUCAAGAUGUACAACAGCAAACUGGUGAUCAACCAGAUCAUCCCCGAGGACGACGCCAUCUACCAGUGCAUGGCCGAGAACAGCCAGGGCUCCAUCCUGUCCAGGGCACGGCUGACGGUCGUUCUGUCCGAGGACCGGCCCAGCGCCCCCUGCAACGUCCACGCAGAGACCAUGUCGAGCUCGGCCAUCCUCUUGGCCUGGGAGAGACCCCUCUAUAAUUCGGACAAAGUGAUUGCUUAUUCGGUGCACUACAUGAAGGCGGAAGGUCUCAAUAAUGAGGAAUACCAGGUGGUCAUUGGCAACGACACGACGCACUAUACCAUCGAUGACCUGGAGCCGGCCAGCAGCUACACGUUCUACAUCGUGGCCUACAUGCCCAUGGGGGCCAGCCAGAUGUCUGACCACGUGACGCAGCACACCCUGGAAGACGUCCCCCUGAGGGCUCCCGAAAUCAGUCUGACAAGCCGAAGCCCCACAGAUAUCCUGAUCUCGUGGCUGCCCAUUCCAGCCAAGUACCGACGAGGGCAGGUGGUCUCCUUCCGCCUGUCCUAUCGCCUCAGCACCGAGAGCACCGUUCAAGUCCUGGAGCUCCCGGGCACGACGUACGAGCACCUUCUGAGGGGCCUGAAAGCUGACAGCGUCUAUUUAGUCCGCAUUUCCGCAGCAACCCGGAUUGGCUGGGGGGAGGCCUCUCUGUGGACGUCCCACCGCACGCCGAAAGCCACCAGUAUCAAAGCACCCAAGUCUCCCGAGCUGCAUUUGGAGCCGGUCAACUGCACGGCCAUCACGGUGCGGUGGCAGCAAGACACGGAGGACACGGCCGCUGUGCAGGGCUACAAGCUGCACUACAGAGAAGAAGGCCAGCAAGAGAAUGGGCCGAUCCUGCUGGAGGCCAGCGACUUGACGCACACCAUCGGCGGCUUGGACCCCCGAAGGAAGUACCAUGUACGGCUCCUGGCCUACAACAGCAUGGAAGAGGGCUACCAGGCCGAUCAGACUGUCAGCACGCCCGGAUGCGUCUCUGUGCGCGACCGGCUGGUGCCGCCCCCUCCCCCGCCGCACCACCUCUCUGCCAAAGCCAACUCCUCGUCCGCCAUCCAGCUGCACUGGGGGCGCCCGGCGUUCACCUCGGCACAGGUCGUCAACUACACGCUCCGAUGCAACCCCGUCGGGCUGCAGAACGCUUCCCUGGUCCUCUACCUUCAGACAUCGGAAACGCACAUGCUGGUUCAGGGGCUGGAACCCAGCACCCAGUACGAGUUCGCCGUCCGGCUGCACGUGGACCAGCGCUCCAGCCCCUGGAGUCCGGUGGUGUAUCACGCGACGCUUCCCGAAGCACCCGCCGGCCCCCCACUGGGAGUGAAGGUGACCCUGAUCGAGGAGGACACGGCCCUGGUGUCCUGGAAGCCGCCCGGGGGCCUCGGCACGCUCGUCUCCCGCUACACGAUCCUCUACGCCUCCCGCAAGGCUUGGAUCGCUGGCGAAUGGCAAGUCCUGCACAGGGAAGGAACGAUAACAAUGGCAUUGCUGGAGAACCUCACGGCGGGAAACGUCUACCUUGUUAAAAUAGCGGCAUCCAACGAAGUCGGGGAGGGCCCCUUCUCCACCGCCGUGGAACUGGCUGUCCUGCCGAAGGGAGCGUCAGCAUCCAACCAGCGGCCCAAGCGGUUGGACGCUGCGGAUGGCGACACAGGUUACUCCGGCUACUACCAGCUGGACCAGAAGUCCAUGACGGGCAUCGUUGCUGGCGUCUGCAUCGCCCUGACCUGUAUCCUGGUCUGCGUCCUCAUCCUGAUCCAUCGCAGCAAAGCCAGGAAAACGUCGGCCCCCAAAAGCAGCCAGCGGGGCUCCCUGCAGCUCUCCCGCCAGGGCAGCUCUUCCACCGGUGCCCGGGAGCCGGGCAAGAGCCUGGGGGACGUUGCGGAAAACGAGGAGUCCUUACUGCCAAUGAUAGGGAGCGCCGGCUUCCUGGAUGCCAAGGGGGGCACUGACUUGGUCAUCAACAGCUUUGGGCCAGUCGCAAAGAGCAGCUCGAAGAAGCGGUGGCUCUUCUUCCAAGAUGUGAGGAAGGCAAAGGCGGAGGAGGCCCAGAGGCGGCUCGCCCAAGCCGCGUGCUCACACCAGCUGGGCCACGCCGUUCCCGGCAGGGAGGACAGCUCCCCGGAGCCACAGCCGGACUUUGCGACACCGUACGGCGUCGUGGCUGACAUGGAGCACUCUGCAAACAGCGAAGGGAGCCACGACACCGGCGACUCCGGGAGGUUUUCGCACGAGUCCAGCGAAGAUCUGCAUCACUCCGCAGACCUGGCCAAAGGCCCGGGGGCGCCCGAUCCCGUGGGGUGCAGUGCCUUGUGCGUGGCCAGCAGGCACGCCAUCCUGAGUGCUUCCAAAGAGCCCCCCGACCAAAGCACCCCUCCGCCCCCUCUCCAGCCUCCGCUGUCGGGACAGCACUGAGCUGCCAGCCUGGCCGUGCUCCUGUGCUGUCCUGGGGACAAUGAACAGCAAGCCAAAGCAUUCGGGAGGGACCUGGGAGGACCGCAAGUGACUCCAGGUUCUGCCUGUGUUUUCUUAAUGUGUGAAACUCACUCGUCUGAAUGUUUAGUGCUCAGCAUGUGAAGGGAGAGCACAGAUUUCUGAGCAGCGCAAAGAAAAGCUCUCUCUCUCUCUUUCUCUCUUUCUCUCUCUCUCUCUCUCUCUCUCUCUCUCUUGCUCUCCCUCUAUCAUUAGAGCAGAGGUGUUCCCUCUGCUUGGACGUCUACCUCAGUUUGCCAGAUGGCGAACUCAGAACAAUUGCAUUACCUUGUUGCGACAUGGAGAGUUGGCCUCGGCAAUGUUACCAGUGAGAACUUCCUAGUGACCAAUCCCCUGUAUUUUGCUGCAUACCUGAGGGAGAGUGGGAGAGCGUGAGUCCCCCAGGGCUGGUGCCGACAGGCUGCGAGGAGGAGGAGGAGGAGGAGGAGGAGGGUGCGGUACGGCGGCAGCCUCCCAUCGGAGCAGGAGCGGAGGAGAGAGAGCUGGCAGAGUGGUCUGGACCAGCCUGGAUGCAGCAUGCGAGCCCCAGGCAGCCCACAGGCCUUGCUCAGAGGCCCCCGCCUCUGCAGGCGCUUCCAGGGCGCAGUCGCCUCGGGCCACCUGAGGUCGAGGCAGAGGCCCUGCCAGGGCCGGGGGCGGCCCCCCUGGCUCCCCAGCCCGCUCCUGCGGGGGCCUUGCGGGCCAUGCUUCCACCAGUGCCUUCGUGGUUGACCUCGUUGGGAGACGCUGCGCCGGAUCCGGCGUGGGAGCAGCCGUCGUUGCCUGGGUCAGGCAGAAGGGCGAUGCUGAACGCAGGGCGCGUCCUCACGUCGCAGCAGCAGUGCCUUCAAGUGUACAUGCGCGCGCACACACACACGUGCAAGUACGUCCGUCGGUGUGUGCUGCGAAAUCACUGUUUUGCCUUACGCCUUUUUUAGUAUUCAUGAAGUUGCUUCAGAGUACAGAAAAAUGCCUUAAACACGCUGCACAUGGGGCGCCAGCGGGACUCGCAUGCUCGGGGACUGCGAGGGCCCGCGUCUCCCGACCACGCCUGCGCACCAAAAAGCUCUCUCGCCUCCUGACAGCUCAGGGCGUGUGGCCACGUCUCUCCCUCCCUCCCCUCCCCUCCCGAAGUCGGUCGUGCCAGGCAGCUGGGCAUUCCUGGUGGGAUGGAGGAGCCGGGGACUUAGCUGGGCAGCCUCUAGGAAGAAGGCGGGCGCCUCUUGCCGCCUGCCUGCAUCCGUGCAACUCCUGUUUUAUACUACCUCCUUUUAAAGUAAUUCUAGUAUUAUUGUUUUCCUGUACUCAGGGCGCAGUUUGUUAACUUUUGGAAGCUGUCUUGCAGCAAUGCGAGGCAAACUGACAGGGUAUCGUGUUUGUUUUGCUCUAAGUCGGAGAGCGUGUGUGUGUGCGUGUGCGUGAGGGAGUGUGAGUGAGGGGGGGCCAUGUUCACCAAAGUUGUAAGCCUGCAGUAGACACCCCUUCCCCACCUGCUCCAACUGGGAUUCCUUUCUUCCCCCAAACGAUAGGAAACGCGUCCCACAACUUACCAGGGUGACCUGGUCCUGUUGCCGAGAGUGGCAGCCGCCCUGUUGUGCCAUGUGGAGUCGGAGGUCAGUCCGAACGACUGGUGGGGAGCAGGCAGGACUCGGUUGGUGACUUGGCCGACAGACCCCAGAGGUUUAGGAUGCUUGUUUGCUAGGGCUGUACCAGACAGGACAGGUUCACCUUUUCACCGUUCUCCUGAUUCAAAGGCUUUAAAGAUGAUAAUAAUCUUGUACCAAAGAAUGUUCUGUAGGAAAGAGAAGAAAGCUACAUAUUUUCCAAAUAAUAAUGAAAAUGAGCUAGUGAAGAGCUAUAGGUUUGAAUACGUUUUUUUGCAUAAGUAGUUACUAACCGAAAGAUGGAGAAGUGAACCAAACAAUAGAGGGAUUUUUAUGGACUGUAGCCGUGGAUUGCCUAGAAUAGUUCUACAGUGUUAACUACCUUAUUGUUACAAGAAACUUUAAAAAUGUUGAAAUACGAUCUCCACAUGGAUCUCCAAAGAUUUCCAAGUGUAAUUUUGUUUUCCUUUUCUUUGGCAACUAGCUUUUCCAACAGUCCAGUAUUAGAUAAGAUAUUUUUAAAAGUUUUUUAAUAUGUACUUGCUGAAGAAAAAGAAAUGCGUCUCACCAAAGAUUUAUGGUUGGGCCUCCCGGGGAAAAGCUGUUCCAUGUACGGCAGGGGCGCACCCACCCCGCGAGACAGAGCGCGAGGGUCCCACGGCAUUUCUCGGGCUCCCCGAGUCUUAGCAGCAAUGCCAGAGGCUGAUGUGUGCAGGUAGCCGCUGCCUUCUUUCCCAAAGACUUCCAGAGGGGAGCAGCGAGCCGUGCACCUCUGUGGCAGCCGAGGCCGUGGCCCGGUGUACGUUGGGGGGUGCUGUGCACGCUCUUGGGGUGCCCCUGCAGCGCUCUGAGCGGCCUCACAUGCAGCCCCAUCCAACUUGAAACCGGUCCCUCUGCACGAAGCCAAAGCUUGGCUCAUCCGACAAGAGGGGUGAGCUCAUCUUCCUCGUGUCUUCCGCUAGAAUGGUUAGGUGGCUUUGCCUCAGCUGUCCGGAGUUAACUAAAGAGAAUGACUUAAUCCAAAGUGAGAUUAUCCAGGAAAGAAAUAAAUAGCUUUUAUUCAAGUGUUUCUUAGCAGCAAAUGAAGAAAACCAAAGAUAUUUAAGGUUACCUCAGCAUAGAGGCAUGUGUUAGGUAGGUCUUUUUGCUUUGUAUUUCUUGUUUGAGUUAGUGUUGUAUCCUAAUGUGACGCUUCAGCUGGGAUCCAGAGAAGGGCUGGGCGUGCUUUCUGCCUUUGCUUUGUCGUGUGGCGGAAGAUUCAACCCAUGGCUUGGUGGGCCCGGAAACAGCUUCUGUCCCCCCGCAAACCCUGCUGGGAAGAGGCUCUGGGCAGCUUUCCGGGGCUCGCAGAUCUUGGAGCCUCAUCAUAGUUCACUCUUUUUCUGGAAAGCGGAUUUACGUACUUGGUCAAUAAAGCCGCCAGAGAGCAGAUGAGCAAAACUGCCCUUUCUUAACUUCAUCCCUUCCCUCUCAAUGGCCAGGGGAGAACAUCCCUUGAUUCCACUGAAAUCUCAGUUGGGUGCAGCACCUGAAAAGAUUUACUCUGGAGUAGCCCCAUUCCUUUCAGCGGGACACCCAAAGAAUGACCCUGGAGGAAGUCACUUUUUGAGGACUGGGACGCUCCGGCUCCCAGCAGAUCCCCCCACCCCCAGUGUGGCGGGCACUUCCCUUCCCGUGGGUUAGGGUGAGGCGGUCCCGGGUGAUGCCAGCCCAGAAUCCCAGGCUGGUGCCAGGAGCGGCUGUGCAUGCAGCCCGCAGAGCUUUCGGACAGGUGCGGGGAUUUGGGAAGCCGGCAUCUCCUGGCCCCAGUGCCACAGAAAUGGUUCCUGGCAAACCCAGAGCGGUCACCAUGAUGAACCUCAAGUCGAGCAGAGACAUUAUUGACUUAUUCUACCAUUCGAACGAACAGUUACGCUCUGUGGCGAUACUGUGGCCCAGUGUGGGCCAGUUGGGCAGUGGCGAGGGUCCUGCUCUUUGGCAGAUGCUCGGCACUACAACUCCCAUAAGCUGCGGGCAGCAUGGCCGGUCGCCAGGGCCUGUGGGAGCUGCACGUCAGUACGCCUGGAGGGCCCAGGCUGCUGGACUGUGCUGUGGGGGCUGCCUUGAUGGGGGUUCAGACCCCCAGUCCUUGGCCACAAGCCCUGGGCUGCAGCGCCGGCUUGGCUGCCACACGCCGCCUCCCCAACACCAGGAGCGGCUGUGGACAGGCGUGGGCUGGGCGUUUUGGUUGUGUUAGGAAAGGCUUCUCUGAAUGCGAUUCACUGAACAGUAUUUCUGUUCAGCUUUUAUCCUGUAACACCUGUUUCGGCCUACAGUUGAAAACAUUUUUAAAAAUGGGAUUAAAUACAGAAAUAGAGGAAAAGAGCAGCAACCAAAGUCUGUUUUUGCAGGCAGGCAGACUAAGCAGGGCAGCUCGUGAAGCCCCGUGUGCCUCAGAGUUCCCCACGGCAUCUGGCUUUCUAAGAGAAAAUCAGUGGGUCGCCUGGGGUGGGGCACCUGUCUGCCCCCCCCACCCGCGCACCACUCAGGUCUUUGGGGGAUGUGGAAGGGAGGGGGCUGCCCCGUGGGGCUGCCCCAAGAAGCCUUAGCAGGUUUUGGUGGUUCCGCCUGGCAGCAAACUGCCUGAGGCCUUGUGGCCCCUCAGAGGCCGCUCCAGGUGCGGCUGAGAACCUCCCGAGGACCUGCUGGCCCCCACACCGCCGAGACCGUGCUCAGGUGUCCAUCUGGGAGGUGCAUGAGCCGGGCAGUGCGGCUGUGCUGGCAGGGAGCUGGUCGGGCCCAGCGGCUGAGACCGCCUGUUGGCCUCUGGGGACCUCACGCAGCGCCCACACAGAGCCCCAGCGGGUGCCUGCCACCCUCCACCCGCUUCUUGUGAGGAGGAGGUGGUGGCAGGCAGGCCGGGGCUGGUGGACACUUGCGUGUUCUCCCCAGCACAUGCUGAUCCCUGUGGAAAAGGUGCCGGACUCCAGACAGAGCCCAGAGGACAUGAACAUCCAGGGUUCAUGAACAACCCCGGCUCAUCUGCCUGGUGCUUUCAGUAAAUGGCUUGUUCAAGAAACCCACGUCUGGGGGGGUGGGGGGACCAAAACCAUUGUUUCUUCCGUUAUUGUAUUUUUGGAGAUGUGAAUGACUUGCCAGUGUGGGUGUCCAGCUGCGUUUCUUGAGCUGAGGGUGUUCUGGACCCCAUCACUCCUUCUGCUGUUUUCUUGUAAGGGCAGCAGUGGCUGACUGGUAAAUGGAUGGCAGAGCUGAAUUACAUUAAUUUUAUAAUUGACUCAGGGGAUCAGCUCGGUGAAUUCCAUUGCUUGAGGGCAGCCACUGUUGCCUUGAUCAUGAAUGUACCUUUUAAAAUGUAUUUUUUAAUGUUUUGUUUCAUAACGUGGAUUUUUAAAAACCUUUUUUUAAAUAGCAUCAUAGUGAAUGUUAACCUGGUGUGUUUUUCCUCCUCCCUCCACCACCCCAUCCCAGUCUUGUUCCUAUACUAGCACAAAUGUCAUGCCAAAAAUGAGUAGAAAUUUAAAUGCCAAAUUGUUUAUAAAACUGCUGUCUAAUACUGAUGGAUUGCACAGUUUAAAUAAAAGUUUCCUUUAGUAAAUUCUACCUCUUC